AUGUUGUUCCUUGUACUCGCUAGCUGCCUCGUGCUGCUUGCCUGGGUGUGCCGGGAGGUGUUCUUUGCUCCUCUGUCAAACCUACCAGGACCCUUCCUGGCUCGGUUUACGGCACUCCGGGAAUUUGCCAGCGUAUACCGCGGCCGCUACGAGCUGGAAAACAUUCAACUUCAUCGAAGAUACGGGUCAGUUGUUCGCCUUGCCCCCGGUCGGUAUAGCUUGAACACCCCAGGCGCCGCAGCCGAACUGUACAGAACUGGAUAUCGAUACAGAAAAGGUUUCUUCUAUUAUGCAUUCGGUGACCCUGACAAUUCUCGAGCGGAUCUUUUCACAGAGACCAACAGUGACCGCCACGUCACUAAACGCCGGAAAAUCGCCUCGCUGUAUUCGAUGACGGCGAUGUUAUCAUUCGAAGCUGUCAUCGAUCGUAAGGCAGAAGCCCUCUGCUGUCGCUUCAAGGAGUUCGCAGCCACAGGACAGUCAUUUGAUGUGCGGUGCUGGAUGCAAUUUUUUGCCUUUGAUGUCAUUGGAGAGAUAUCUCUAGGUGAAAGCUUCCAUUAUCUUAGCCAUGGAUGGGACCACAAUGGCAUUCUAAAAGCUAUCAGGCACACAAUCCUCUACGGGGCACAUAUGGGGAUUUUCUCUUGGCUACAUUGGCAUGUAGCUACCUUCGCACAGGUUCUGCGAGUUCCAAUUCCGUUUGACCUUGUCACGGCGCACAUUCUUCGGUAUAUGGAUUGUACUGAGGACCGGCUGGGGAAAGACACAAUUCUCACGAAGUUGCUACAAUGGCAGGCAGAGAAAAAGCGAAAUGUCACCCGGCUAGAUAUUUUCAACGCCGUGGGUAGUAAUAUAGCUGCGGGAACGGACACUAUUGCUAUUUCACUCGGGACAGCAAUGUAUAUGCUGCUGAAACAUCCCUCGGCAUUGCGAAAGCUCCGUGAGGAGAUCGAUGGCUUCGCGGUCAAUGAGCAGAUCAAUACAUCAUUUUCGUUUAAACAAGCCAGUCACAUGCCAUAUCUCCAGGCAUGCAUCAAAGAAACCUUCCGGAUCCAUCCCCCAACAUCAUAUCCUCUUGUUCGCAUUGUACCCGAAACGGGAGCUGUGAUUGAUGGGACCUUCUUCCCCCCAGAGACAACGGUUGGAGUUAAUCCUUGGGCCCUACAUUAUAACGAGCAGAUUUUCGGUCCGGACGCCUCCGUAUUUCGCCCCGAAAGGUGGAUGCAAGAUCAUGAGACGGUAGUUCAAAUGGAGAAAAACCUAUUGACUUUCGGUUGUGGGGCGUACAUGUGCCUUGGCAAAAGCCUUGCGCAACUUGAGAUGUCAAAGCUUUUGCCUCAGUUGUUCAGAAUAUUCAACUUCCAGCUCGUGGAUUACGAUCGACCCUGGCAUACUUCUUCGGCAUGGCUUGUUGAACAAACCUACAGAUGUACAGUGAGCACGAGGGAUGGAUAGUAUUGAAUCGAAAUCUAGGGACACUGAGGUCUGACGGAAGUUUUGGCUGUACGAUUCUCGUGUGACAUUUUAUGCUUCUACUGCUGACAUCUCAAAUUAAGAGGAAACUGAACUCUGAC